CUUGAAUAAGCCAUACAUAAUUUGAAGCUUCAUUAGGGUUUAGAGCUAAACAAAGUAUAUCACUAGCUCCUACAAUCAACUGAACUGCGUACAUCAAUUUCCACUGACACAACAAUUCAAGAUUUAGAGAAUGAAGGAGGUAUUUAUAUUGGUUAUAGGUAUCCUCUGCCUGCAAAUAUAUCACGUUUCUGGGCAAUGUGAUGAUGAACAUCAGUAUCCAAUCAAGAGUUUGGAACAUUCAAUCAAUAGUUUUGCUAUGGACUUGCUAAAGGAAAUGUUAAACAAUAACGCAACUGAUGAGAAUAUUUUCUUUAGUCCAUUCAGCAUCUCUACAGCCUUGGCUAUGGCUCAACUGGGAACUGGAGGAAAUACAGCUAGACAAAUGGAAAACACCUUGAAAUUUAAGAGUGGUCAAAAUUACCAUUGUUUAUUUAGACAGUUAUUAAAUGAUAUAAAUGGAAGAAACACACAGUACGUCCUUAAAUCUGCAAACAAUCUUUUCCCAAAUUCUAAAUUUAAAAUUGACCAAACAUAUUUGGAUGAUGUUAUUAACUACUACAGUGCUCAGAUUAAAGAAUAUGAUUAUGCUCACCAAGCAAGUGUGGCUCUUAAAGAAAUAAAUGAAUGGAUAUCAAAUAAGACAGAAGGCAAGCUGAAAGAUGUCCUAAGUUCAGUUGAUGUAAACUCUUUAACUAUUCUAAUUCUUGUCAAUGCCAUAUACUUCAAAGCUGACUGGAAACAUACAUUUGAUACCAAAAACACAAAGCCUGCUCCAUUUUACUCUCCUGGUAAGAGAAUUACUGUGAAUAUGAUGAUGCAAAGCUUUAAUGAGAGCCAAAGACAUGUAUAUAUUAAAGAUAAAGACCUUGAUGCCCAUAUUCUUGAACUACCCUACAAAGGAGAUGAAGUCAGUAUGAUCAUAAUGCUUCCAGUGAGUAACAGUGGGGACGGACUCAAAACACUAAAAGACCUUGAGGAGAAACUUAACGCAACCAAGUUAGCAUCUAUACAAAAAGAAAUUGACUGCCAUAACUUUACAGAAGACAAUCGCGAGGUGAAUCUGUACUUCCCAAAAUUGCUGAUUAAAUGGAGAUCUGAGUUGGUAGGACAUCUGAGAAAUCUUGGGAUGGUGGAUGUGUUUUCUUUUGUAGCUAAUUUCUCUAGAAUCUGUCAUAAUUCGGACACAUGUGGUCUGUUUUUUAACAAAGUCAUCCACCAGACAUUUGUUGAAGUUAAUGAAGAAGGGACAGAAGCAGCUGCAGUGACGGUCUUAGCCCAAGCAAUAAGUAUUGGAGGUGGACCUGUGACCUUAAGGGUGGACAGACCAUUCUUAUUUUUGAUACGCCACAAAAAAUCAAAAGUCAUAUUGUUCAUGGGGCAUAUUACCAAAGCAACCAUUGCCAAAAAGGUUAAGUCUUGCAUGACUAGUGAGCCCUGUAUGAAGAUGUUUAAUGGUACUCCAGCUAAGCAAUGUUGUGGAUGCAAAUUCCAGUUCAGGGAUCCUACAAAAAGGAGAGGUGAACCUGAAGAUCCAAAAGUAGUUUUGAGGAGGUUGAAGAAAAAAUGCAAUGCAGAUGACUGCCGGGAAUCCUGUUUGACGGAAGAUUGUGUGGAGAAAUAUAGAGUGGAGGAUAACUGUCAGGUCAAGAACAAAAAUAAAAACAAGAAUAAAAACAAGAAGGGAAAGAAUACUACCGCCACAGCUAAACCUUAAAUGAAAAACAAAUGGAGUUAUCUGACACAUGACAUGAAUAUGCCUAUUUAUGUUCCUUUAGUACAGAUAUCUUCAAAUAAAUAGCUUACGUAG